AUGAUUCGUGAAGACGUGUCUCGAAUCGGAGACAUUUCUGCACCCGGGGAACUGAAGCAAGUAAUUGCCAUGCAGUUAGAUAAGCUCGCAAAGUCUCUCGACGGAUACUCUUCCACCAGAGAGCCAUAUCCAGCAUGGGUGAGACAGCCGUUCACGUUCAGUGUUGCCACAGCAGAUGUCAAUGAUGAAUACCUCGAUGAAAUCAUUGAACGCCAAGUCAAGAUGGCAGCGACUGUGAUGCUGUUGAUGCUGUGUUCUAGUGUUGCUGCAUCAAGUCUCUUCAAGCUUCCCCAGUUUGAUGGUGAGAAAUGUGAUCUCAUGGUGUAUGUGUUUCAUUGUGGUUAUGGCAGUAUAAUAGACAGCAACAAGGUGUUAUCCCUGGCACGGGAGGCCAUACAUGAUAUACUGGCAACAACAACAUCCUUUGUCUAUGGCACUCUUAUUUACCUCACAGACGGCAACACUUCUGCCAGUACUCUUUUUACGGAGAUAGAACAUCUGGACUCUUCCUGGGCAGUUGGAGUUAUGGAAGUGAAGAACAGUGAUGGUACAACCAUGCCGUCGACACUACGCCAGGUGAUCAGUGAGGCUCGGAAGCUGCGUCUUCCGUCCAGACAAGUGACGGUGAUGGUGGUGAGUGACGACCCUGUCUUUCUGGCCGCCUUCACUGAGUGGUCUCUCAAAGGUCGUUUAUUUGUGUGGUCAACGAGGCUGGUGGUGGUCACUCGCCUGACCCUCCCACAACUACAGGGGUUCAACAAGAUGUUUUCCAUGACCAAUUCAGUGAUACUUGUCGCAGAAGAAGUCUCUAAAUCAUUUAGCAUCCUUCAACUGCUAAUGAGUGCUGGCAAAUUCACGGUGGACGAUGAGGAUAUCCUCAAGCUCACCAGAGUAGAUAAAUUGCUUUUUUCUAGGCUUUAUAAUGGCCCUAGGCUGAUUGUGGCAGCUGAAGAAUUUGAACCUCACAUUGCUUUAGUAAAAGAUCCAGACAUCAGCUCCAGCAACUCGUUAUUCACAGGUCCAAUGGUAAACUUGCUGGAGAUACUCGCCAGUGUUAUGAACUUCACGUACACGUAUGUGCGGCCUAGUGACGGGUCGUGGGGCGUCAAACUAGCGGACGGCUCAUGGACUGGAAUGGUUGGCAUGGUGGGCAGAGGGGAAGCAGAUAUAGGUCUUGGGCCUUUUGGUAUGAGUGCUACCAGAGCAGAGAUGGUAGACUUCACCAGAGAGAUACUGACAGAGACAGCCAGGAUUAUGGGUGGUCGUGGGCGUCCAGAGGUGGAUCCCUGGGGCUUCCUUCUGCCUCUCACACCGCUGGUCUGGUUGGCUACCUUCACAACAUUGCUACUACUACCUACACUGGUCUACUUCAUGUCACUCUCCGGUUUAAAAACUACUAGUACAAAUGUCUGGUCGAUUGACAUGUUUUUUGUGUAUAUUAGCAUAUUUCUACAACAAGAAUGCCUAAUGGUUCCAAAACAUUGGUGGGAGAGGCUGAUGGUAGCAACGUGGCUAGUAACUAUGUUCGUCAUAUCCAAGAGUUAUGCUGGUAACCUCAUGUCUAACUUAGCAGUGAGAUACAUCCCUCAGCCAUACCAGUCACUUCGGGACGUGCUCGACGACCCCUCUGUCACCAUGAUAUGGGAAACAAAUACCGCCUAUGUGCAGUACUUUCGUUCAGUAGAGACUGGUAUCUUCCGAGAGGUUGCUGGGUCUGAGAAGUCUGGACGUAUCAAGUAUGUAAGAGGUGCAGAAUUCUCCAGUAACAUGGACCACUUUGUAAGGCGAGGUGAUCACGUUAUUAUUGCGGAAAACCGCUACGAGAAAGUGCUCAUGGCUCAGGAUUUCUCGGCUAAAGGUAAAUUAGUUUUACUUAAAACAUUCUGGCGUUUGUUAUAA